AUGGUUAAAGACUGCAAACAUACUAAAUGAGAUGGUCAGAAACUGCAGACAUACUACAGGAGAUGGUCAGGGACUGCAGACAUACUACAGAAGAGGAUCAGAGACUGCAGAAAUACUAAAGGAGAUGAUCAGAGACUGCAGGCAUAUUACAGGAGAGCGUCAGAGACUGCAGACAUACUACAAGAGAUGACCAGAGACUGCAGGCAUAUUACAGGAGAGGGUCAGAGACUGCAGACUUACUGCAGGAGAUGGUCAGAUAAUGCAGACAUACUACAGGAGAGAGUCAGAAACUGCAGACAUACUACAGGAGAUUGCCAGACACUGCAGACAUACUACAGGAGAUUGCCAGACACUGCAGAC